AUGAAGGCCCUGCUCCUAAUGGCCGUACUCGGCCUGGUCGCUGCCCUGUCCUUGGCCCAGGAGGAGCAGGACUUUUCAGGGACCUGGUAUGUGAAGGCCAUGGUGACAGGCAAGGACGUGCCAGAGGAGAAGAGGCCCAGGAAGGUGUCCCCCGUGAUAGUGACAACCCUGGAAGGUGGGGACAUGGAAGUCACGAUCACCUUCAUGAAGCAGGAUCAGUGCCACCAGAGGAAAAUGCUGAUGCAGAAAACCGAUGAGCCCGGCAAGUUCCACGCCCAUGAGGGCCAGAAGACGGUCUAUGUGCAGGAGCUGCCGGGGACGGACCACUACGUGUUCUACUGUGAAGCCCAGCGCCAUGGGAAGCUGUUCCACAUGGCAAAGCUCAUGGGUAAGGAUCCUGCUACAAACCCAGAGGCCCUGGAAGAAUUCAAGAAAUUCGUGCAGCGCAAGGGGUUCCUGGAGGAGGACAUCUUCAUGCCCACACAGACGGUUUGGGGCCUGAGCCACCUGCACGUAGGGGGCUCGUCUGUGGAGGACCACCACCUGUUUUACUGUGAAGGACAGUUCCAGGGGGAAGAAUUCAGAAUAGCCGAGCUCAUGAGUAAGAAUCGAGACAUAAACCAGAAGGCCCUGGAGGAAUUUAAGGAAUUGGUUCGGCGUAAGGGACUCUCAGAGAAAGACAUCUUCCUGCCCGUGCAGACAGGUACCCCGUGA